CCUUCAACGCCGUCGACCACGAAGUCUGGCAAUAUCUCCAAGUGAUACAAAGGUCUAUGGAUACGUAUCUAACUCUGGCAAGGGCGAGCGCGUGGCAAGUCGGUUAUAUAAGAUUAUGGCUAGACGGGAUAUUCGUGCUGGGGUUUUACUACGGUGCCGUCCUAGUUAACCAGGGGCUAAAUCCAGGAAGCGUCGUGACAACAUUCUACGCGGCUCUUGGCGCGUUACAGGCUAUCUACACCAUAGCACCGACGUACAUCUCUCUGGCAAGGGGCAUGGCUGCCGGCCAAGCUCUCUACUCUAUAUCUCACAACAUCGAAGGCGGACGAAGGAUCUAUCAAAUGAUAGGUAGCUUCCGCCCUAUAAAUUGCUCUGGGAAGGUCGAAGUUAACGAUGUUAGCUUUGCGUACCCGUCCAACCCAACCAAGCUCGUUCUGAACAGGUGCUCUUUCUUGUUCGAUCGGGACCGGCUAUGCUUUAUCGUCGGGCAGAGCGGUUCGGGAAAGAGUACCAUAGGCAAUCUGCUAGCGAAAUUCUACGAGCCCCUCAGCGGAAACAUAUUGAUAGACGGCCACGCGCUCAAAACUUUAGACUCCGAGUGGGUGCGGAGCAACGUCACACUUAUCCAACAGGCGAGCGUGCUCUUCAACGAUACCAUCUAUGCUAAUGUUGCCAUGGGCCACAGGAUACCCACGGAGGUGUCUAGGAAAGGAGUUGAAGCGGCAUGCAAAGCGGCCCUGCUCCAGUCGACGCUGAUCGAGCUGCCCGACGGCCUAGAUGCGUACGUAGGGACUGGCGGCAUCAGCCUGAGCGGUGGUCAGAAGCAAAGGCUAGCCGUAGCGAGGGCAAGAAUACGCGAUCCGCCAGUACUCAUCCUCGACGAGGUCACGAGCGGGCUCGACCCAACGAAUCGAGGCCUACUUAUGGAUAGCAUUAGGCAGUGGCGACGAGGGAAAACAACCAUUAUAAUUACCCACGAAGUAGCACAGAUCAACGAUGAUGAUUACGUAUACGUUAUGGAGGACGCGCGCGUCGUACAGGCAGGCUUCCGUUGGGUUUUACAGCAGCAGAGAAACGGCAUGUUUGCUGCGCUAGCGUCUUCGGCUUCAAACGACGAGAUCAAUGCAGAUAAAGAAGUUUACGCGGAUGUGCUAGGAGACAAGACAGGUGCCUCAGUAAGUCUCACACCGAGGAGCACCGCAUUGCAGGAUCCUACUUCUCCAGACUACGUUUGGCCUUUUGGAGGACCAGACGCCCUCUAUCGGCGGAGCACUACCCCGGAUGUAGGCGCGUCGGCCAUACGGGCCCACCAAUUUCAAGAUGGGAGCAAAAACAGGGAACUUACUGGGUCGGGAGGCUUGGAUACUUUAGACACGCUCCUAGAACCCCCUGAUUUCUUCCGUAGGAGGUUCUCAUCGCUGUGGUGGCCCGAGCAUUAUCGUCUAUUCCACAGCGAGUCCAACCAGAAAAGGCCACUAAGCAGGAAUAGCAUACUACGCCUUCAGAAGCUGGGCGAAACGGUGCGAAAAACUCGCAGCAACCCUGCCGAUAAGGACCGGCGGCGGGGACCUACGACUGCACCUGUAGACACUCUCGGGACUCACGACGGCGAUAAAUCUGAGACACUCUCCUUGUGGGCUAUCUACAAGACCGUAUGGCCAUGCCUAGCUAUGAAAGAAAGGACGUUCCUCAUCGUAGGAUCCUUUACGUGCGUCUUGCUCGCGGGCUUGGUUCCGGCCUUUUCAGUCUUAUUUGCAAACCUCCUGGCGGUCUUAUUCUCGACUGGAGACAAAAUGGCCGCGGGACGGAAAUGGGCUUUGUGCCUCUUAGCGGUCGCCUGCAUAAGAGCAGCAGCGACGUACUUCAACCAGUAUCUGACGCAGAGGGUGGGCCAGGCUUGGGUAAACGCCUUGCGUAUUCGAGCGCUGAACAGGGUGCUACGACAGCCCAAAUCGUGGUUUGACGAGCCGGCUAAUUCGGCCAUCCGCAUAAACGAGUGCAUGGAUCGAUACGCGGAGGAGAUGCGAAGUCUCGUCGGGCGUUUCGCUCCGCAGCUGCUCGUCGUGACUAUCAUGGUCGUCAGCACUGUGGUAUGGGCGCUGCUCAUCUCGUGGCGGCUCACACUCGUAAGCCUCGCGAGCGCGCCCGCCUUCGUCGCAGCCACGCAAGGCCACUCCCUCGUGUCUCAGAAGUGGGAAAACAAAUGCCUAAAAGCCGCGGACGACGUCAGCUCGAUCUUGACGGAAACUUUUAUUAACGUGCGCGUCGUCCGGGCCUUGACGCUAGAGCACUUCUUCUCGAAUAAGUACGAAAGGUCUAUUCGCAGAGCUUUCGAGCUGGGAGCCGAAAAAUCCGUCUGGACCGCUAUACCGUACGCCUGCUCGCAGUCUAUGGUCUGGUUUAUCUUCGCGCUCACCUUCUGGUACGCGAUUGAGCUGCUUACAACCGAUCGAGAGCUUACGAUCCCCGCCACCCUGCAGGUGGUGAACCUAUUAGUCCUGGGCGUCACUACCGCUUUUAGCAUACUGGGUUCUAUAACCGGCGUUUCCGCAGCACAAGCAACAGCUUCCCGGCUAAUCCACUACGCGUACUUACCCCUGGACGCCUCUCACGAGUCGAGAGGCAAGAUUCUACUCGUAAACCCCUUUCCCAUCAGGAUGGAGCGUCUGUCCUUCGCUUACCCGUCGAGCAAGCGCACUGUGCUUCGAAACCUCACCCUCUGUUUUGACGCCGGCACGUCUACCGCACUAGUGGGUCCUUCUGGUUGCGGAAAGAGCACGAUCGCGUCUAUCAUCCUCGGUCUAUAUGCACCGGACCGGUCGAGAGGCAGGCGGAACAGCGGGGACCAGCGGCAGCUAACUUUCGCGUCCACGCCAGCAGAUCAACUUGACAUCGCCGGCCUACGGAGUCAUAUCGGUUACGUCCCCCAGAUCCCGCUUCUCUUCCCUGGCACCCUGGCGGAAAACAUCGCUUACGGCCUAGCGGAAGACUCGCCGCUGCUCACGCCUCAAAAUAUUCAGAGGGCAGCCAAGGAGGCGGGUAUCCACAACUUCAUCCGCACUUCGACGGCCGGCUACGACACGAUCGUCGGAGACGGUGGACAAUCGCUGAGCGGCGGACAGGCGCAGAGGGUUUGCAUAGCCAGGGCGUUAGCGCGGCGACCUAAGCUAUUAGUUCUCGACGAGCCUACGAGCGCGCUAGAUGCGGUUAGCGCUAGAGACGUGCGGCACACGAUAGAGUCUCUCAUGCAGUCUACAAGGAAACAGGGCGCCGGCGGUAGCAGGGGAGAAGAGCUGUCGAUUAUUGUCGUCACGCACAGCAAGGAAAUGAUGCGAAUGGCGGAUCGAAUAAUUGUAAUCGACCAAGGCAGCGCAGUAGAGGCUGGUUCUUACAACGAGCUGCUGGCAAAAAAUAGCAAGUUCGCAGAGUUAAUGAGCGGCGGUCUCUGGGCGGGAGACAACAGGGAAGAUAAUUCACAAGGACAGCAGGAAAUAAGGAAUAGUGCGUGGCUGGCUGCGGACGAUCUUCCACUACGUAGCAUAGGCCGGUCAGACGAAACCUACUCUGCUACAACACCUGGGUGGGCUGGCUUACGAGACGUGCAGUGGGCAGAUGAUCGAGGUCCAUCUACCGGCGUCUUGAGCCCACUUACAAGCCCAUUCGGCGCGUCCCGAAGAAAGGAGCGUAGGGACGAUGGUGAUUAAAACAUAAACAUACGAGUAUAUCUUGGGCGUUCGUCCUUGUAGAUACAAGCAUAGAUCGUGAUGGG